AUGAUUGAUUUAGUUAUGUCACAUGGGAAUGUAUUUGUUUGGAGCGCUGAAGAUUGGCUGACACUGAGAAGAGAACACCGUAUAGUUGGAGCGACAAUUGGAUGCCCACACACACUUCCUCGACAAGAAAUAAUGCAAGGAUUACCUCUGAUGAUUCUACCAGAAGAAGUAACUUUAUUGCUGGAAAAUAAAAUUGCCCGGCUUGUUGAAUAUCCUAGUUUAAGGCAAGAGCCCGAUGAUGAUAUGAGGAAAGUUUUUGAAAAUUUUAGGAAGAAAAUGUUUAAAGAGCAAGAGACUGCUUUAAAAGAUGGAAAAAAGAAGCUAAUACUCGGAAAAAUUGAUUCUAUUAUUGAAGGUAAAAAGCGUAAAAGUUUAGGAUUGAAAACUUCUAAAAAAAGUAUGAAGAAGACUUUGGAUGAUGCCACAGCUGAGGCGGUAAAAAGAGUUGAGAUAGAUCGAGAUGCUCUUGUGGCUGAACAACUUAGCAAAUGUCCUAAUCUUGAUCCAGAUGAUGCUCUGGUUCAAAUACACACAAGCGAUCCUGUAAUGUUUCAUUCACAAUUUAUAGUUUCAUGCAUGGACAUAGAUGAAGAAAUUCCAAUUCUUAAUCUAACUGGUCAAUGCAGAGUUGCUUGUCAUGUGAGAAAAACUCAAGUAUACGCUUAUUUUUCUGACGACAAUAAAAUUGCUUAUCAGUCAUUUCAAUAUGACAAUUCAAAUAUGGUUUGA